AUGAGAUUGCUGCUUUUCGUUUUAGCACUUUUGUGUACAGCUCAAGGGCGUCCAAGUGCAUCUGGACGAAGCGAUGAGAAUGAUCAUGCUAAUAGUACUGAGAGCUACGAAGUAGAAGAAGGAAGCGGUGAGGAUGAUUACGACAGCUACGAAGACUAUUAUGACGAUGGUGAAGAUUAUUAUGACUACUUUGACGAUCAUUAUGACUUUUGGGAUGACAGCGACGAAAAAGGAGAUUCAAGCGAAGAAUAUGGAGAAUUCCUUUUCGAUAAUAGCUGGGAAAGUCGUGAAGAUUAUGAUGAAUUCCAUGGUGGACACCAUAGUAGAUGUCGUGGUAGGCAUGGCGGAAGGCAGGGACAUAGACCCCAAGGUCGCCCGAGAGACGGGCAAGAACAAGGAGGUCGCAGAGGCUCCAAUCGUGAUGUUGGAGGAUUAAGGAAUGUCUUUGACAGCUUCCGCUAUGGCGGAGACAUGAGUUCCGGAACAAGACGUAAUUAA